ACUGGCCAUAACAUACCGUGCGGUGUAUGUCUACAGCGCUCUACUGACGGGACGAAGAGCAAGACCGAGGAUGAAUGAAGCCUGAAUUCCGGACAUGCUGUAUACAAAACAAUAGCUUCUUUCGGCACCAUUACAAACUCUUAUUAAUCUACAGUUUUCAGAUGUUCAACUUACGCGAAUUCGGCCCUUCUUCCUGGGGCACUGAACUUCUCUAAAGGGUGCUACACACCUUCAGUUUAUCACGUGUGACGUCAUGUCUGAGCGAUAAACUGUGUCAACUGCGCAGUUUACACCGGUUUUCACGCAGAUAAAAAGUCUGCGCAUUCGGACCCUCAUUUGCAACGAUAACCUGCGCAGUUUAUCGUACAGUUUGUUCAGUUGCCGUCCUGUUUCUGUACCUGUACAAUGACUACGGUCUGAAAAAAGGAUUCGCUUUUAGCAUUUAUCGACGGCUACCAGUCCCUUCCCGAGCUUUGGGAUACCGCAUGCGUAUCUUAUUCCAACCGUGUUAAGAAAGCGGCAGCCUACGAUGUUUUAAUUGAAAAACUGAAACCUCUCGAGCCUGAUGCAACACGUGAUAGUGUAGUGAAGAAAAUAAAUAACCUAAGAUCCGUUUUUCGUAAGGAGUUGAAGAAAGUAAACGAAUCAAAGAAAUCGGGAGCUUCAGCUAAUGAUGUGUGUUCCAAGUCUGUGGUAUUUCGGGGAACUGAUGUUUUUGGUGGACCAGGAAACUCCUGAUGCCAGUAAUUCAACCAGUGAACUGGGCAAUGACAUCAAUGAAAAAUCGGUUGCCCCAUCCUCUCCAUCAGCUUCUUCAGGACCUACACCCACAGUCAAUUCGUUUGCACAACCUAGCAGAAAGAGAAAGUCGGCCCCUUCAUCACAUGAUCUCCUUACAAAGUAUUUGGAAGUUGAAGACGAGUUUUUGAUAUUGGCAAAGGGAUACGCUGUGAAAUUAAGGAAAUUUACUCAGCAACAGCUAAUGUUUGCUGAUAAAGUAAUCAAUGAAACAUUGCUUGAUGGUCAGAUGCGCCUUUUAACCAGAGGCAGCUAUCUGGUUCACCCAUCAGGGCCUUUAUCCACUUCAUAACCAUCUCCCAGUUGGAGUUCGAAUUCGUACUCUCAACAUUCUGAACCCCAAACGGCAAGGACUCUGUUGGAGGGAUUCUCGUACGAUGACAACGAAUACAAUAAUUUACAAUAACAUUAUAUACAUAUGUACAUACCUACUCAAUGU